CAACAACCACAACGAUACCCAUAGCACCGUCGCAAUGCCUGCCUAUCACUCCAUUUUCCUCCAGGACCCUGGCGUCCGGAUCAUCGGAAACUUUGCGUUGCUCCCCCUCCGCACCAAAACCCGCGGCCCCGCAUACCAACUCCCCGCUCUCCCCACUGGCGGCAAUGAGUUCGACAUUGACCCUGACAGCGAGAGCUACGACCCGCUAGAUGAAGUGCUUUCGCUGUUCCGCGCGAAUACAUUUUUCCGCAACUUUGAAAUCAAGGGACCCGCUGAUCGCCUGUUGAUUUACGGCAUCUUGUUUGUCAGCGAAUGUCUUGGCAAGAUUCGACCAGGCAUGAGCCAGCGUGAGGCCGAGAGGGCCGUGAUGAACACCGCCCUAGACAACAACUUUGCUAUCCCCGGCGACGCGACGUUCCCCUUGAACCAAGCUUUUGAGGCACCUAGAGAUCGCAAUGACGCCGAGCUGAUGCGAGGGUACCUCUCACAAGUCCGCCAAGAACUCGCAGUCCGGUUACUCGCGCGCGUGUACGCUGAUGAUCCCAGCACGCCGUCAAAGUGGUGGCUCAGCUUCACCAAGCGCAAAUUCAUGGGCAAAUCUCUCUAAACAAAACAUCCUACCUCGUUUCCCUCCCUCCCUCUCUUCCCUCCUUUCUUCUCGUCUCGUCUCGUCUCGUCCCGUGGCUUCGGAAUCGAUUUAAUCCCCACAGCGCAAAUGCCCAGACGUGCAUUCUCGUCUCUUGACCAAUUCCCUCUUCCCUCCUCCCUCCCAAAAACCCAACUUUUCAAACCUCCUACUGUACACGUUACACUUCUGUAAAACGCACGUCAGUAGACAAGAUCUCCAUUAAUUGAAACCUUGAACACGGGUUGGAGCCACGGGUUGUUUGUUCUUCACUAUCUCCUUAAGUUUAUUAGCUUUGUACCGCUUCAUAUAUAUUAUCCUGCAAAUCGGUGCAUAAGAGUACCUUUAGCUCGACAUCUUUAUCUCUCUCGUCUCUUAGUUAUAUCUUUCAUCUACGUUUACUUUAAGUCAAUUAAAACCAUGUACCCAUCUGCA